GUGCGCCACCGCUGAAGGAGCGCUGCAAGACGCCGGACUCUCCAGAGGGCGCCCGCCUCUGCGGAGCACCAGGUUCCGCGUCCCCCACGCAGUCGACGUCGCCCAGACAGAACGGCGGUACCGUCUCACCACCGUCCACCUCGGCGACGACGACGGCCGCCGUCCUCGUGAACGGCUCCUCGGAUAGCCUGACGCCGCCACCGCUGAGCGUCACGCUGGACGGCGGCGGCGUCGCGACGCAACAGUUCAACCAGGCCGCCUCCAGCUGCAGCGUGACGCGUCCCCUCGUCAAAGUCAAACGGUUCCUCAGCACCCUCGCACAAUUCGGAAACGACAUCGGCCCGGACAUCGGGGAACGCGUCCGCACGCUCAUCCUCAACCUAGUCAGUUCCAAUUUGAGCAUCGAAGAGUUCCACCACUCGCUGCAGGACGUCACGAAUUUCCCGCUCAGACCGUUCGUGCUUCCCUUCUUGCGCGCCCACCUUCCCAUCCUGCAACGCGAAAUCCACGGCCUCGCCAGAAACAGUAAACAGUCAGCUUUGCAGUACGUGCGAACGCACGAUCACCUAAUACUGGACUCGACGCAUUCGCCCGCAGAACCAUCGGAAAUCUUUCUGCCGAACGAUGCGCCGAUCAUGACCGGCGGUGGAGGCGGUUUCAAGAGGCGCACAUCCGAUUGUAGCGUGUCGGAGCAGCAGCAGCAGCACGACGGAGGCGGCAUUGAAUAUACGUAUCCGCCGACGAAACGCGCCAAUUUCCAGAACCUCCUGGUGCAGAACACCGCUGCUGCCGUCCCCAGCUCACAUUUCUUCGAGUACGGCGCUCCAGGACCGGCGCCCCAGCACCAGGAGGCGGUAGCGACGACGCGUGGAGAUGAGGAAUGGCGCAACAUCCACGUGAUGCUCAACUGCAUCCUCUCGAUGGUCGAGAAGACGAAACGAGCGUUGACCAUCCUGCAGCAGCGCAACAGUCAGGAUCUGACCAACGAGUGGUUGCGUAAGCAGGACGUCGGCGUCGACCUGAAGAAGGCGGCGAACGAGAUAAUGCUGCAGGCGGUGCGACAGACGGAGGAUCGCGUCGCGGAGGUCAGACGACGUGCAGAAGACGCCGUCAACGACGUGAAGAGACAAGCAGUCGUCGAAUUGCAGAAAGCAGUCGCGGCGGCCGAAUCCAAGGCGAACGAACUCGUCGCCACCGAGAGGGCCAAAAUGGAGAAGAUCGUCGCAGACGCCCGGAAACACGAAGAGGGAUGCUCAAACCACGGCGAUGCCGAGAACAGCCAAUCACCGACGACCAAUUCGCAACCACAACCUUCACAGCAAAACUGCUGUUGGAACUGCGGUAGGAAAGCGCACGAGACGUGUUCCGGUUGCAGCGUCGCCCGGUAUUGCGGCCCGUUCUGCCAACACAAGGACUGGGAAAACCAUCACCAGGUGUGCAGCAAGGAGAAGCUUCGUCCGUUGCGCUCCACGACGCCCGUCGAUCCCGUCAAGUUCAAGAAGUGACACGGCGCCCGACGCAAACCUAGGAAAUAAACACUUACCAACCUAGACAAAAAAAAAACACACACCCUUAACGAUUUAAUUAACGAAUUCUCACCGUUUCGAUCAUCAUCCUCAUUAUCUUACAUAUUAAACGUCCUCUACCGAAACCGAAAGAAACAAAUUCAAUAUUAAUUGAUCACAAAUUGAUCAAUAUGAAACGUUAAUUAGUCAAUCACCUUGAUAUUAUCAUCAUUAUUGAACUCGUGACGUUUCCGAUGUCAACGUCAACGAAUCUGACACGUGUCAAACGUCAUCUAUAUAUCGAACGUCAAAAUGAUGACGUUUACGAUUCCAACACAAUCAGAGCCCCCUAGUCCCACCGUUCAAACUACUAAAGUAAUUAUCGUAUUAGGAACUAAAUAAUAAUAGUAAUAAAUUGUUUAACUUUCGUUUAAAUCUAACUUGUUUUCAUUUGUUUCCAAGCCGAAGCCGCAUCUAGAAAAUUAUCAUUGAAAAGCGAAUUUAUAAUUUGUAGUUAUAGUACAUUGUCAAUUAAAUGUCGUAAAUGAAAAAAAAAAGAAAACUGUGAUUUUUCGAAGCGCAACAAAACUUUUAAAUUUUAUGAAAAAAAAAAACUGAAACUAGAUGCGGUUCGGUCACAACUAAUGCUACAUAAAUCUAGUGAACUUAAUGGAUUAAUUAAUUGUUCGGGCGUAGAUCUACACAUUCCAUAAUCCGGUCGCAAAUCAAAUUUCAUCUACCAGUAAUGUUUAAGACGAAA